AGCUUCAAGCAGCGACCGUCUUUCUUAUGCGUCCAGUCGAUGCGUACCUGUUGACGACUCCCUGAACUGCGACGUCCGCUUCGCCUCGACUCUGUUCCCGGUCGCUCAUUACUCCUCCGGAACAGCUUUGCAACGCCGCAUACCUCAUCGCCAACUCAAUCCUCGACUCGAAAUCCUUUCCCGCUCUUCGAUAUAGCUUCGCAUUUGCGUGGCACCCGCUGUCGCCUAUUCGCAACAUGAACUUCCUGCAGGAUGUUCGCAAGCGACUACCCUCGGCGCAAAAAUUACCCUCCUACGAUGACCUGUCCAAAAGUGCAGAGAAGAUGACGCCGAGGUUAGCCUUCUUCCGCCGACGCAUACGUCUUAGAGAGAACUCGCGCAUCUCGAUACCUCUGGGCCUGGUCUUGCUUUUUCCGUGCUUGAUCGUAAUAUUAAUAAUCCUCCUCUUCGUGCGGCACCCAACAGAGGCAGGCAGGAUACUCAUGCCUGCCGGUGCACCGCCUUCCAUCAGGAAAAUUAGCGAAAAGCACGACAAGGUCUUCGUUACAGGCUGUCAAGACCCGGCCCUCGAGACCAAUCAGCCACGCGCCAAUGCCGCUUUCGUCGUUCUCGCCCGUAACAAGGAGCUCGAAGGUGUGCUGCAAUCGCUGAAGUCGGUCGAGAGACACUUCAACAGAUGGUUCCACUACCCAUACGUCUUCCUGAACGACGGCGACUUCAACUCCACCUUUAAAGAUGAGGUCCGCAAACACGUCAGCUCCAAUGUCGAGUUUGGCAAGAUCGACUCCAGCAUGUGGGGUUUCCCUGACUGGGUUGACCACAAUGUAGCCAAGGAGGGCAUCAGAAAACAGGGCGAUGCUGCAAUCAUGUACGGUGGUAUGGAGAGUUACCACCACAUGUGCAGAUUCUACUCUGGUUUCUUCUACAAGCACGAACUCCUCCAGAAGUACGACUGGUACUGGCGCGUUGAGCCCGAGAUCAAGUACUUCUGCGAUAUCACCUACGAUCCUUUCAUUCACAUGGAGCGCAACAAUAAAGUCUACGGAUUUACCAUUGCUGUCAAGGAACUCAAGGAGACGGUGCCCAACAUUUUUAGAUACGCCUCGGCCUACAAGCGAGUCAACAACAUCACCUCGACUAAUCUCUGGGAUAUGUUCCUCGAGCCCAAGCCAGAGAAGCCCGCCGAUGAGCUGCCAAAAGACGACCCCAAGUACAAGAAGCCGCUCCCCGAAGACAUUCUUCGCACGGAACCUGGCGCGGGUACUAUUCCUGAUGUGGACCCCGAGUCCAUGGAGGGCGAAACAUACAACAUGUGUCAUUACUGGAGUAACUUUGAGAUUGCCCGACUUGACUGGUUCCGAAGCAAGGAGUACGAGGACUUCUUCCAAAUGAUGGACCGCAGCGGUGGUUUCUGGAUGGAGAGAUGGGGUGAUGCACCUAUUCACUCGUUAGCAGCAGGCGUUCUUUUGAACGUCUCCCAGGUCCAUUACUUCCGUGACAUCGGCUAUCGUCACACAACCAUCGCCCAUUGUCCGGCAAACGCAAAGGCUCGCCAGCAAAAUCGCCCACCGUACCUUGAGACGACUACCUUGGACGAAAAGAAAAGGAUUGAGGAAGAUGCAUACUGGGAGGAGUGGGAUGAAGAGAAGGAGAACGGCGUCGGCUGCAGAUGCAGAUGUGACCCCGAAGUCCCAGAAGUCGAGCUCAAGGAAGGCAGUUGUCUGCCCAACUGGGUCGACGUGGCGGGAGGCUGGAUUACUCCAGGACCUCCAGCAUGAUCGAGGAUGUAAUAUUGGCUGUUCUAUACGCAUGAGAGGCGCGCGUCGUUUUUGCAGCGAUCAUGCACUGGGACGGAGUUAUUUGAUCGGUUUGAAUACAUAUGGAUACAGGACCUGGACCCCAUCUUGUUCCCA